AUGAUUCCCACGUCGCUAGUUUUAUCAAAUGUUAACACAGUAUUCCGUCUGAAACAUCCCACUAUCAUGUUUUCGGUAGUUCGCUGCUUAUCAUCGGAUAGAACACCAACGGCUUCUGAAGAUGGCUCGCCAAUUUCCAAACGCAAGCUCAAAAAAUUAUUUAAAGUUGCACAAUUAUCGAAGAAAUCACGAUCCUAUGAAAACGACAAAAUCGAUAAGCUCAGUGCGAUGGCCGAAUUCGGUUUGAAAGAAUCCGAUCUGGAAGAUCUACCCAGUCACAGCAAACCGGCGGUCAGUCAUUCACAUCAUCAAAAUAUGAGCAAGAAUAGUCACCAGUUGUAUGCAUUAACUGAAGUUUAUCACAAAGCAUUGAAAGUUCAUGGAAGUUCGGAAGCUCUUGAAGCACAUAGACGACCAUUAGUCGCGAUGAGAAAAGAAUUAACAGAUGCCGAAAGAAUGAGAAUGAGAAUGAGAGUAGAGACAACUAAUCAACAUAAAGGAGCUGACAGAGUUGUUGCUAUUGCUUUUACACUCAACUUCUGUGAUAUGGCUAUGAAGUUCACAGCUGCCUAUCUAACCGGAUCAAAAUCUCUAUUUGCCGAAGCAAUUCACAGUGCUAUGGAUACGUGUAAUCAACUUAUUCUGCUUCUUGGUAUACGAUAUUCAGCGAAAAAUCCUGAUUUGUUGUUUCCGUACGGUUAUGGAAACAUGCGAUACGUAACCUCAUUAAUUUCUGGAUGUGGAAUUAUGGCAUUUGGAUGUGGACUGUCGAUUUAUCAUGGAGUCAGUGGACUUCUUCACCCAGAGCCUCUUGAACCGUUGACAUAUGCUUAUUACGCUCUAUUCAUGUCAUUAUGCUUCCAAGGGACAUCUGCUAUAACUGCAUAUCGGGAAGUCUUCGCUAAAUCGAAAAAAGCGAAUAUUAGCAUAUGGAAUUAUGUGAGAACAUCAGCUGAUCCUUCACUCAACGUUGUUCUUCUCGAAGACACUGCUGCAGUUACUGGUGUCGGUAUCGCUCUUUGUGCUAUUUCGCUAUCGUCAUUCCUGAAUUCCCCGAUUCCCGAUUGCUGCGGAUCAAUCGUCAUCGGCGCAUUGCUCGGAACCGUAGCCUCUUUCAUCAUUCGAACCAACGCUGCUCAUUUGGUGGGUCGAAGUCUCCCACAAAGGAUAACUGAUGAUAUUGUGGCCAGACUCAAUAACGACCCUAUGAUCAGAUCCGUUCAUGAUGUGAAAGCUACAUGCUUAGGAGUUGAGCAGAGUCGAUUCAAAGCAGAGCUAGAUUUCGAUGGGAGAAUGAUCACAAGAGCGUACUUGCAAGAAGCUGUUCAUUUGCCAGCACUUCUGAAUGAAGUCAAAAAGAUUGAAAACGAAGACGAGCUCGUCGUAUUCAUGGAAAAUCACGGUGAGAAGGUCAUUGAUCGACUUGGUGAUGAAAUUGACCGAAUCGAAGGAGAGAUCACAAAAAAACAUCCGGAUAUUCGACACGUCGAUCUGGAGGCCUUGUAG